CAACAAGUAAAAUCCUGUCUUCAGAGAAGCUAACAGUGAAAAAAACAAGAAAUUUCACACAGUUUCAAAUUCACAAGCUCUUGAAAGAUGAAGGAAAGCUGGUCUUCCUUCGAUGCUUCUGAGCCUAACUUCAGGCCUUUGGUAGUAAUUGAGCUUGCAAAAGGCACCAAAGAGGAAACCAGAGAAUGGCUCACGAAAAGAAUUGUGGACAAAAAGGCAAAUGGAGGUGCACAGCUGCUGGUUAAACCAUUGGUCACAGAAAAUGGAGACCAAAACAUUUACCUAGUUGGAGCUUCCCCCUUCCGACUGUUGCUAGGAGCUGAAGCUGUAGGUUUGGUGAAGGAAUGUAACGAUAACUCGAUGAGAACUUUUACAUACAGCAGUAGAAAAACUUUCAAAGAUUUUGCAGAUGAUAAUCACAAUUUCCUUACAAUGGCAGAAUGUCAGUAUAUCAUCAAACAUGAACUUGAAAAUUUGAGAGCUAAAGAUGAAAAAAUGAUCCCUGGGUAUCCUCAGGCAAAGCUAUAUCCAGGAAAAUCAAUUGUGAGAAGAUUAUUGACCAAUGAUAUCCUAGUUCAGAUUUUUCCACUGCAUGACAGAGAAGAGUUGAAAAAGCUCCGGCAUAGCUGGUUUGGUCGAGUCAAAAUUGGUUAUCAACCUUUAGAUGAAAUACGCUGCUACUUUGGUGAAACCAUUGCUCUCUACUUUGGCUUCUUGGAAUACUUCACAUUUGCUUUGAUUCCAAUGGCUGUCAUUGGGAUUCCUUAUUAUAUGUUUGCUUGGGAAGACUAUGACAAAUAUGUAAUGUUUGCGAUGUUCAAUCUGCUCUGGUCCACUGUGAUUCUGGAAGUUUGGAAGCGAUUUUGCGCCGUGAUGACAUACCGUUGGGGGACCCUGUUGAUGAAGCGGCAGUUUGAAGAACCAAGGCCAGGGUUUCAUGGUGUUCUGGGUAUUAAUCCUGUCACUGGGAGGGAAGAACCAGUGUAUUCCAGUAUUAGAAGACAGAUACGAAUUUAUCUGGUAUCCUUGCCGUUUGUGUGCCUUUGCCUCUACGUCUCAUUCUAUGUAAUGAUGAUUUACUUUGACUUGGAACAGUGGGCUCUGGAUUAUCAUAAGGAGAAUGAAUCUAGCUUCAGCAGCUUGAUGCUGUUUGUCCCCAGUAUCAUCUAUGCUGUUGUGAUUGAAAUUAUGAACCGUAUCUAUCGGUAUGCUGCUGAAUUCUUAACCUCAUGGGAAAAUCACAGGCUGGAGUCUUCAUAUCAGAAUCACUUAAUUCUGAAGGUUUUAGUAUUCAACUUCUUAAAUUGUUUUGCAUCUCUCUUCUACAUUGCUUUUGUGCUGUUUGAUAUGAAGCUUUUGAGACAGAGCUUGGCCACUUUGCUGGUAACUUCACAGAUCCUUAAUCAGUUUGUAGAAGCCUUCCUUCCGUACUGGCUACAAAAGAGGCAUAAGAAGAGGAUGAAGAAGAGAAUGUAUUCUCAGAAAACAGACAUGGACCUUUCUUUAGUUGAGCAAGUCAACUUGGAAAAAGAAAUGGGCACCUAUUUUGGUACUUUUGAUGAUUACUUGGAGUUGUUCUUACAGUUUGGCUAUGUGAGUCUUUUUUCGUGCGUUUACCCAUUGGCAGCUAUCUUUGCAGUGCUAAACAACAUCACAGAGAUAUAUUCUGAUGCCUUAAAAAUGUGUAGAGUUUACAAGCGUCCGUUUGCAGAACCCACAGCGAGUAUUGGUGUUUGGCAGCUGGCUUUUGAAACUAUGAGUGUCAUAUCAGUAGUUACUAACUGCAUACUAAUUGGAAUGUCUCCACAAGUGAAUGCCCUUUUCCCAGACUCAAAAAUGGACCUCAUUUUGACUGUGGCAUUGGUAGAGCAUAUGCUACUAGCAAUGAAGUUUGUCAUGGCAUUUGUAAUUCCUGAUAAACCAAGAGAUAUCCGGAUAAAGUUGGCUAGAUUGGAAUUUGAAUCUCUGGAGGCACUCAAACAACAGCAAAUGAAACUUGCAGCUGAGUCACUGAAGGAGUAAACAGAAGAAGGAAUGAAGAUAACUAAAGCAAUCACAUGUGAAUGUAUGCACUUCUUGAGCAUUUGUUUAUGAUGCUCUGUAGCUGUGAGUGUGCACUCUACCAUAUAUUCAGUAGGUGGCAUCUGUAUAUGAUCCUUGGUAAAUCACCAUUCACUGCUUGAUACGGUAAAGAUGAUGAUGAUAAUUUCUCCCACUCUUUCUUACUGUUUUCUCACAACCAUUUGUGAAGCAACACCAAAUAAAGCACUCUAGGUUGUGCUAUGUCUAGCUGAAAUCUGCUGGAGUCACCACUACUUCAAACGAACUGACUCAAAACAAAUCUUAGGAUUAAGUAUCCAAAAGCUAACUAUAGUUUUGAACUGUAACUUUGUAAAAGAAAAAUAAUUAAAAAAAAAAAAAACAGGCACACUAGUACUUAAUUCAUGGUGUACCAUCCCUAUUGUUCCCUUCAUUCUCGUAUUACAACAGUUAAUCAGUCCUCUAUUUUUUCUCUAAGAUCACUUAUUAGCCACUGUUUACACCUGGCAGAUUAAUGUAAAUGUUUUAUCUAUUAUGUAAUGCAAGGUAUGAUUGUUCCCUGAAGAAUAUUUGAACAUGAAAGCUAUACAGUAUGCAAUAUAUGCUCCAGUGUGCUAAUUAUCUAAAUAAACCCAGUUAGAAUAUUUUCAAAAGCUGGGUAAAAAGCAUUCAGUAGGAAACAGAUUGCUGAUCAGUAAUUUAUACAAAUUAAGUAGCAAUUGUUUGUAUAUUUAUUUUUUAUUUUACAUUAGCUUUUGGUAUCUCGUCUUCUGGUUAAAUGAACUGACACUAACAGAACAAUUAAACUUGAUACUGUAUACCAUUUACCCUUGUAUGUAGUGAAUAUCUGAAUUUUUUCUUGAAUUUCACAAAAUUUACCUGAUGUUUCAUUGCUUUCUGACAGUAAUAAGACCCAAAUCCACAUUGUUUGCCUCUAUGACCUUGAAACAGUUUGUUUUCCCCUGCUGUGACCAUCAUUUUUGGUAGAUCUAACUUAUGUAUGAAUGACACUUACUGGAAUUCUGUC